AUGGCCGACACGGCAGUAGAAAGCUCGGCCAACCAGGCCCCCCCUCACAAAAAGGCUACUCCCUUGGGCACCCCUACCGUCGACAACUUUGAGGGUAUCCCCAUCGAUGGAGCCGAUGAAUAUGCUUCUCUCAAGAAGCUUCAAAGGCAGUUAGAAUAUCACCAGCUUCAAGAAGAGUACAUCAAGGAUGAGCAGAGGAGCCUGAAGCGCGAACUAGUGCGCGCACAAGAAGAAAUCAAGAGGAUCCAGAGUGUUCCCUUGGUCAUUGGACAAUUCAUGGAAGCCAUCGAUCGAAACACUGGCAUCGUCCAAUCGAGCACCGGCUCCAAUUACGUCGUUCGCAUCCUGUCUACGCUCGACCGCGAGCUCCUGAAGCCGUCAUCCUCGGUCGCCCUGCACCGCCACUCCAACGCUCUAGUCGACAUCCUCCCACCGGAGGCUGACUCGUCCAUCGCCAUGCUGGGGACCGACGAGAAGCCCGACGUGUCGUACGCCGACGUCGGAGGACUGGACAUGCAGAAACAGGAGAUACGCGAGGCCGUGGAGCUGCCCCUCACCCACUUCGACCUGUACCACCAGAUCGGCAUCGACCCGCCGCGCGGCGUCCUCCUGUACGGCCCCCCGGGAACGGGCAAGACGAUGCUGGUCAAGGCCGUGGCCAACUCGACGACGGCGAGCUUCAUCCGCGUCGUCGGCUCAGAGUUCGUCCAGAAGUACCUGGGUGAAGGCCCCCGCAUGGUUCGUGACGUCUUCCGCAUGGCCCGCGAGAACUCCCCCUCCAUCAUUUUCAUCGACGAGAUCGACGCCAUCGCCACCAAGCGCUUCGAUGCCCAGACCGGCGCCGACCGCGAGGUCCAGCGCAUCCUCCUUGAGCUCCUCAACCAGAUGGAUGGCUUUGACCAGACCGCAAACGUCAAGGUCAUAAUGGCCACCAACCGCGCCGACACCCUCGACCCCGCUCUCCUCCGCCCCGGCCGCCUAGACCGCAAGAUUGAGUUCCCCAACCUUCGGGACCGCCGUGAGCGUCGCCUUAUCUUCACCACCAUCGCCUCCAAGAUGAGCCUGGCCCCCGAGGUGGACCUCGACAGCCUCAUCGUCCGCAACGACCCCCUCUCGGGCGCCAUCAUCGCCGCCAUCAUGCAGGAGGCUGGUCUCCGCGCCGUCCGCAAGAAUAGGUAUAACAUCAUCCAGUCCGAUCUCGAGGAUGCCUACUCGGCACAGGUCAAGGGUGUCCAAGAGGACAACAAGUAUGACUUUUACAAGUAA